AUGGCAGCGGCUAAAGAAAUGAUGGGUUCUUCUUUGAUUCAAAGAUCGUCAUUCGACAGUAGUAAUAGGACAACUUCUUUCCUGUUCCGACAGAACCAGAACCGGUUCCUGGUUAACCAUGUCUUGCUCCCAUCGAAGCAAAGGAGUUUACGUUUGAGAAGAGCUGCCAUAGUUCCUGUGGUUGUAACACUCAUAACCCUGGUGGUUGCCGUCAGUGACAAUCUGAUCAAGGUUGCGCCCGACCAGAAUGACAAAGGUGUUCAGUUUAAGGUCCGAGCAGCCGUAAUUGUUAGGAACAAGAACAAUGAGGAUCUCAAUGAUGCAUUAAUGGAGCAUUUGGAUGCUUUCACCGACGAGAUUGAAAGGAAUGUUGUUUUAGAAAUCAUUAGUACCGAAGAAGAUCCAAAAAUCAAGGCUGCAAAGAAAAGCUCCAGUAUCAAAGGUCGAAGCUAUUGUAAGACGUAA